CGAAAGUGGGGCAAAGAGUCCGCACCCGAAGCCGAAGGCAGACAGCAGGGGAGAAGGAGAUUGUCCGUCCGUCUCUUCAGAAGAUGGAGCGUUUGUUUCUGCUGUGCUCUGGUCUGCUUGUGACGACAGUGACAUCCCAACCUAAUGUUUGUUCCCGGCCUGAACUGAGCGGGAACAUUGAGAUGUCUGGGAUCCAGAGGUUCUCCAGUCCCGGUGAGGAGUUAGCCCUGUCCUGUAAAGAGGGAUAUACUCCUGUGUCGGGCCCACGCAAGAUUGUUUGCACCAUGAACGGCGUGUGGACAAGCACCAAGCUAAAGUGCAUACCAAAACAAUGUCCACAUCCUGAACUAGUCACUAAUGGCGAAGUGUUUUAUGAGGACACAGUGUACCAGAGUACAAUCAACUACACCUGCCAUGAAGGGUAUAUGAUGACUGGAGAGAGUUCAGCAGUGUGCCAAUCCAGCGGGACGUGGAGUUCCCCUGCACCAGAGUGCAUCCCUGUACCCUGCGGUCUCGCUCCUGUCCCACUGUAUGGAAUGGUCAUUUACGACAAGGUGGUCAGAGGAAACACGGCCAAUUACGGCCUCACGGCGACGUAUCUCUGCAAUGCCCCGUACGCAGUUGUCGGCAACCCGGUUGCAGAGUGCACCGCCAGCGGUACCUGGACCAAGACACCAGAGUGUCAAGUGGUGACCUGCCCUCCGCCAGAGAGCAUUGAAAGAGGCUACCUGUCAAACAAUGAGAAGAGGGAGUUUUUCUACGAGGAAAAAGUCAAGCAUGGCUGCGAGAGUCCAUAUGUGCUGGAAGGAAAUAUGGAGGUGGUCUGCCAGAAUAAUGGAAGGUGGUCUGAAAAGCCAUCUUGCAAAGCUCCGUGUUCUGUUAACAUACAAAGAGCAAGAAUUUUGCACAACGGGAAGAAAAUCUGGAUGGAAAACUUCGAGCCGAACCGUGUCUUACACCUAGACAUUGUCUCUGUCUACUGCAUGAACCAAGCCAUGAAAUGUGGUUAUGCCGUGCCGACCCAGUGCAUCGAUGGAACGCUAAACAUCCCCGAAUGCUUUGAAGAACCCAGUGCGCUGGAGUAUACCUUGAAGCCAAAUUCACUUCCAUCAGAGAUCGACCAGUGCUGAAGUGGCCGAUAUUUUCUAUCCUGAGGCUGUCAUAAAUUUCCACUACCUUUCAAAGCAAAGAAGAUGAUUUAAAUCUGUUUGAGAUUUUUUUUUUUAAUAUAUUAUUAUUAAUUUAUGUCAUAUAACUUCAAAUGUAAUAUACAGAACUUCAUUUCAUUUGAAUGGUGCGUCACCAAGGUGACAUUCUGGCCACACGCCUUUGAGAUUUGUGGUCUGGUUUGAGGGCAUGAAAAUAUCCAAUAAAUACUUUAUUGCUUAAUAAAAGUAUGAUCUGCAAUCUCACACACAGUGUGAGACAAAAUGCACCAGGGUGGGGGGGCGAGGGACGGCGACAAGUGUUAUUUUUAUGGUGGCACAGAAAAAAAAGAUUAAUUAAAAAACUGGAAUAUUUUUAUCAUUCAA